CCAACCGUCAGUUGGAUCGAAGAAAUCAAUUAAGCCACUGUAUAUAUUCGUGCAUGCCAUAUGAUCGAUCGAUGCUUAAAAUCAAGAACAUCAAUUGUACAAUAGCAGCUUCUUCUUCCUCCUUGGUCGAUCUCUACCUGCAAACUGCCAUAUACAGCUCUGCAAUGGCGGCGCUGCGGCGGCUCUACCUCUCUGUCUACAACUGGGCCGUCUGCUUCGGAUGGUCGGUCAGCUGGAUGCUCUGUUCCUGGAAGGUGCAGGUGUUGUAUAAUGCAGCAUCGGCGUUGCUGGAGAGCAGGCAUGAUGCUGUCUACCCCGCCGUCGAGCGGCCGCUGCUGUUUGCGCAGACGACCGCCUUCUUGGAGAUUCUUCAUUCCAUUCUAGGGUUUGUGAGGUCUCCGAUCUCUGUGACUCUUCCACAGAUCAGUGGAAGGCUGUAUGUUACCUGGGGCAUCUUGUGGAGCUUUCCUGAGACACAUUCUCACAUUCUUGUUACUUCCUUGAUCAUAAGCUGGUCCAUCACCGAGAUCAUCAGAUACUCUUUCUUUGGUAUGAGGGAGGCAUUUGGGUUUGCACCUUCCUGGCUCCUAUGGCUUAGGUAUAGCACAUUUCUGGUAUUCUAUCCUAUUGGCUUGAUCAGUGAGGUGGGCCUCAUCUAUGUUGCCAUGCCUUCUAUGAAGGCAUCCGAGAAAUACUGCUUUAGGAUGCCCAACAAAUGGAACCUCUCUUUCGACUACCGCUAUAUGUCGGUUCUUCUUACGGCUCUCUACGUUCCAGGGUUUCCAUAUUUGUUCCGCUAUAUGGUCGCUAAGCGGGAGAAGGCCUUAUCCAAGACAAAAACUGCAUAAUUCUCCAAUUUCUGUACCCACUGUCGACUGUGAUUCUGAAUGCACGUUUAGUUUUGUGCAAUCAAGUUAAAGCUGGUAAAACGUGGAAUUAGUUAGUGGGUCCCUUAGUUAGUAUCAGAAUAAGAACUCCCUCCAUGAAUUCCUAAUGGUGUGCUGUACCAUUCAAAGACCACUAGCUUUCUCCAUAUAUGGAUAAAUACUACUACUAGUAUCAAGAUGUACUGGAUAUAUAUAGAUCGAUGGUUAAAAGCUGGACGAUUUUCUGUGCUGACAAGCUUCAGGUUUAUUACUCUGCAGUUAGUGUUCUUAACUAUCUUAAAAGAAUGAGCUGAAAUGGAAGGCGGAUAAAUAUAUAUCAGUGAUAGGAUAAACCAGUUUGCAUCUGCAGGCUUGAUUUGUUGCGUUGUGCAGUUGGUAUGCUGUGCCUUUCCAUCUAUCCAAGAACUGGUGAAAAGGCGUCUCCUCUUUUCGCCUGCUAGUGCACUUUUCUUCUGUAGUUUUUAUGUGUAGCCUUUUCCAGAUUGUCCAGUUGCACUAUAUGUAUGCGUCAAUGUGUAUGUGUGUGUAUCAUCCUAAUCCUAACAACUACAAGUGUCACAUGUA